AUGUCGAUAUUCGACGCGCUGCGGCGCGACGCGGACUUGCGUCGUCGCCGGGGCGCGCGCGACGGCGACGGCGACGGCGACGUCGACGCGGUCGGCGACGCGGUCGUCGAACGCGAGGAGGGAUCUGACGCCGCGGGGGCGCCCCCGCCUUUCGACGCGCGCGACGCGUCCAACGCGUCCGCUGCCGCCGCCGCUGCCGCCGCGGCGGCCGCCGACGACGACGACGAGCCCGAGGCGCUGUGCUGCCCGAUCACCAAGGUCAUGUUGCGCGACCCGGUCUUCCUCGCCGGGAGCGGGAACACGUACGAGCGCGACGCCAUCGAACGAUUCUGGCGCGGCAGCGGAGGCUCGCGAGGACGGAAGCGCGACCCGCUCACGAACGCGCGCGUCGCCAACGCGUCGCUGUUCACGAACUGGGACAAGCGACGCGAGGUCCAGGCGUGGCUCUCGCGAAACGAAGGCAAAGUCCCGGAAGGGUGGGCCUCGCGCGACGACGUCCCUCCCGCGAAGGAGACGACGGACGACGCGCGAAGGAGGAGCAAAAACGGAGGAGGAGGAGGAGGAGGAGCGCGGCGGUGGGCGACCAUCGCCGUCGCCUUCGUCGUCUCGUCGAUCGUCAUCGUCGCGUUCCAAGCCGGGGCCGUCGAACGCGCCUGGCGGCGCGGCUGGGAGUGGCGGCGGUCGAUAGGAUGGCGCGCGCCGCACUCGGGCGGCGGCGGCGGCGGCGGCGACGACGGCGACUCGGGGCUAUUUUUCGGCGGGUCGACGAAUCGCGAGAUGAAAACGCGGCUGCGAUGGGAGAGCGCGUUGAUAGAACGGUUCGGGGAGGACCGUUUCAAAACCAUGGCACCCAUCGCGCCGCCGCACGGGAGCCGGAUACGCGCCAUGAGCGGCCCUCACGGCGAGCUCGCGAUUCUGAUCCCCCCCGGCGGCGUCUUCAACGCCGGCGCCGUCGCGGAGACCGCGUUCACCGGCGCGUGGACCGCCAUCACCGCGGCGUGGACGUACGGCGCGAUGAUCGGUCCGUCGCCGCUGUUCGCACUCUUCUCCGUGCCGUUCUGGGGCGUCGGCGCGCACCUCGGGAAGACGGUCGCCGCGGCGAUGUUCGAGUCGACGCGCGUGGAUUUUGUUCCGCCGGCGGCGGCGCCGGCGGCGCCGCCGCCCGGCGACGUGCAUCGUCGCGGACUCCGACCGCCGCCCGCUCGUGAGGAGCUCGGUCGGUUUCACUACUCGCGCGAGGCGUUCGGGCGAGAGCUCGCGCGCGCGGAUGGCCCGCUUGGGGCGAUAUCGGGACUGAACGUCGUGACGCGGACGCACGUGAACGACGUCCCGACGACGACGCUGAACCUCUUCGUCGGCGUCGAGACGUACGAGAUGGGCGUUGGCGUCUCGGAGGUGGAGCAGCGAUGGAUGCGCGCGACCGCGCUGGAGGCGCUCGCGAGGGCGCGCGUGUUUCUUCCGCGAGGCGGCGGCCGGCGCGAGUUCGUGAGUAGAGACGCGUGACGAUUUUUUUAGCACAAAAAAAAUUUCACUCC